GUGAGCACAGGAGGGUGAAAGGGCACUGAGAUGACCUGUCCAUUGAAGAGAGGAGCCAGAAUGUCUAACAGUCUCUGCUGUCUCCAGAUGUUCCGCUGAGGGACUAGCGGGAGCACCGGCUCCACCCUUGCAGCUUUGAGGCAAAAAGAACAAAUCACCGAAGUGGAAAAAAAAAGGGGGUUUGGCACCAGGCGUCGGGCAGCCACUGAGAUAGGAGCGCCUUUCCGGGGAAAACAAACCCAGCAUAAAUAAUUGGGACCGGCUCAGUGUUCUUACAGACUCCUCACCUCCAACCCUUUCUUCGUGGGUACUCGGGAAAAGGGAAAGGAGGGGAAGAGCUUAGAAGGGCUAGGAGAAAAGCAGCCAAGAGACAAACGCUGCGCCCUGGAGGAAGAGAGACGGAGGCGAAGGGUGAAAAGAGGCACAAGGACAGACAGAAGGAGGGGCCGCUGAAGGGGAGAAAGGGGGAUAAAGUGGAGUGAGGGAGUAAGAGACGGCAGAGGAAAGGGAGGCGUCUGCCAGUGGCCCAGGGAGGGCGAGGUGGGACCCGAAUGGACAGCACGCGUUUCCCUGGUGGGGCUCUGCCCGCCUGGACAGCUGCCACCAGUAACUCCAGUCCAUGGGAACCUUCGGCCAGCAGCCCCAUGGAGGGCCCCAACGGGAGCCUGGACAUCUCGGGCAGCGACAGUAGGAAUGAGGAGCUGGCCAAGCUGGAGAUCACCAUACUGGCGGCAACUUUCGUGGUGGCUGUGCUGGGCAACAGCAGCGUCCUCCUGGCGCUGCACCGCACCCAGCGCAAGACGUCUCGCAUGCACCUCUUCAUCCGCCACCUGAGCCUCGCAGAUCUGGCCGUCGCCUUCUUCCAGGUGUUGCCUCAGCUGUGCUGGGACAUCACCUACCGCUUUCGAGGCCCUGAUGGUCUGUGCCGGGUGGUCAAGCACCUGCAGGUCUUCGCCAUGUUCGCUUCGGCGUACAUGCUGGUGGUGAUGACUGCUGAUCGCUACAUCGCAGUGUGCCACCCGCUGAAGACACUACAGCAGCCAGCCCGGCGCUCCCGGGUCAUGAUCGCCGCCGCCUGGGCACUGAGCUUCGUGCUCAGCACGCCCCAGUACUUCAUUUUCUCUAUGGUCGAGGUCAAUAAUGUCACCAAGGCCCGUGACUGCUGGGCCGACUUCAUCCAGCCCUGGGGGCUCCGCGCCUACGUGACCUGGAUGACGGGCGGCAUCUUCGUAGCCCCAGUCAUCAUCCUGGGCACUUGCUACGGCUUCAUCUGCUACCACAUCUGGCGGAAUAUCCGCGGCAAGACCGCCACGGUGAAGAGCAAGGAGGAGGAGGAGGCGGCGGUUGGAGCUUUGCGCAAGGGGCUCUUGCUGGCCCCCUGUGUUAGCAGCAUCAAGUCCAUUUCCCGGGCCAAGAUCCGCACUGUUAAGAUGACUUUCGUGAUCGUCACAGCCUACAUCGUCUGCUGGGCGCCCUUCUUCGUGGUCCAGAUGUGGUCCGUCUGGGACCAGCAAUCCUCCUGGAUCGAUUCUGAAAACCCUGCUAUCACCAUCACUGCUUUACUGGGUUCCCUGAACAGCUGUUGCAACCCCUGGAUUUACAUGUUUUUCAGCGGCCAUCUCCUACAAGACUGUGUGCAGAGUUUCCCCUGCUGUCGAAAAAUGAAGCAACAGUUGAACAAAGAAGAUUCAGACAGCAUGAGCAGAAGGCAGACUUCUUUCACUAAUAACCGAAGCCCCACAAAUAGCACAGGCACCUGGAAAGAUUCCCCUAAGUCAUCUAAGUCCAUCAGGUUCAUUCCCAUUUCAACCUGA